AUGAUUCAAACAAAAAAACGCGCAGUGUCCACGUCCGAGUCGGACAAACCGGUAAAGAAGCUGAAGAAAGCCCUCACCACCAAACCGGUCGACAAACCGAAAGUGAAAACCCUGAAAAAGGAUGGUGUGGUAAAAUCGAGCAUUGGCAAACCUACCGCGAAAUUCCAGAAGAAAACCAACAUCGCUGGAAAGCCGGUCGAGAAGGUUGAAAAGAAACCGUUCGUUGCAAAUACGGCAGAAUCGAAAAAAGAGUACUGGAAUGGGUUGAAAGCGAAGCAGAAGGAGCUGCGGCAGCAGCGUCGUCAGAACAAAUCGAAGGAUUUGUACGAGCUUAGCAUUAGUGCGAAGAAAAUCUACGAAAAGUUGAAACGGAAGAACACCGAAGGCAAAGAAGAACUGGUACAAACACUGCACGAACUGCUUGGCAAACAGAAUGCGUACGCGAAGAUAGCCACCUCGCACGAUACGGCUCGCGUGAUCCAAUGCAUGAUCAAGAAUGCAUCGGAAGAGAUACGGGAUCAGAUCGCCGCCAGCCUUAUGCCAACCCUGGUCGAUCUGGCCACGUCAAAGUAUGGUCAUCAUUGUGUUACCAGCUUGUUUAAGAACGGUUCGAAGCAACUGUGGGCCCGUGUCGUGAAUGCUAUCAUAAAGGAUGUUCUUAACCUGGUUAAUCACACGUUUUCCAGCGCGAUCGUAGACACCGCGUACAAUGAGUACGCAACGAACGAACAGCGCAGGUUCAUGCGUCAAACGUUCUACUCCGAGCUGUUCAAGCUGGACAAGGAUCGCACCGUGCACACGAUGAAGGACUGCUGGAAAACGAACGCGUACAUGAAGACGAGUGUGCUGAGCACCGUGAAAGCACAUUUACUGCAAGCGGCAAACAAGAAGCUUACGGACAACAGUUUGCUUCACGCGUUGCUGGCGGAAUUCUUGGAAGAAGCAGACACCACGGAACGCUCGGAAGUGAUUGAACUGUAUCUGCCAUUGUUGGCGUCCAUUUCAAGCACACGAGACGGUACUGGGGCGGCAAUCCACUGCUUCAUGCACUCGGUCGUGAAAGAUCGUCGAGCUGCCCUCAAGGCCAUGAAACCCUACAUCGAAAAAUUGUCCAUACACGAGCACGGCCACCGAUUGGUGAUGUGCAUACUGAACUGUUACGACGAUACGGUUACGCUAGGCAAACAGGUGAUCAACCCCAUAAUGGAGCAGAUAGAAACGAUCGUUGGCAGUGGUGAAUGGGGCCGCAAGGUGGUCGCAUGGAUUUUCUCACCCGAGGACAAAGAUUUGCUACACCCGACCCAGAUCGAGCUGUUAAACGGAUACCUAGAGCACAGCAAGAAGGAUAAGGAAAUACGUCGCAAAGAGGUUUUGGCUGCUGCGAGGGAAAGCUUCUGCACGCAACUGGAAAAUAAUCCCAGCUUUUGGUUGCGUGGUGGCCACACAGCCCUUUUGACUUCAGCCAUACUAAAAAACUUCCAAGGAGAGGAAUUGGCCCGUCUACAUCGUGCCCUGGCGAAGGUGGUUUGCGAUCCCGAAUGGAAGGUGCACGAGAACGAAAUCAAUCUCGAUGGGUCGAUUCUUUCGCUAGAGACGGACAAAAAGCCAAAAGAAAACGUGAAGCCUACUACGACGGGAACAGAACGAAAGAUCAAGAAAAUCAAAAAGAGCCCAUUUGAGGAGGAGAAAGCAGCAAAUCGUGAAAAACAACUGGCCACCAAUCCGUUGAUAAGCGGCAUCGAGCACGCCGGCCUACACAUUGCGCUGAAGAAAAUGAUCAAGCAAGAUCAGGAGAAACGACAGCUUGGCGAUGAAGAUGUUUCACAGUUUGGGUUCGCGAUCGUAGAGGAACUGACCGUAGAGCAAACGGCAGCGUGGAUUACCCAAAAUCGGGCUUCGUUUUUACUGUUGCUAGCGUUUGAAAAUUCUACCGAAGAAGUGCAGCAAAUGUUGCGGAAAAAGCUUGUACCGCUCAAGAUGGAACUAAAAGCACAGAAACAUACAGGCGCUAAACUGCUGGCGGAGAAACUAAAGCUGUAG